CUUCCCAUCCCCUUCCCCUUCCCGCUCCCUGUCCCUUCCCCUUCCACUUCCCGCUCCCCUUCCCCUUCCCGCUCCCCAAGGCCGAAGAGACAAGCGAAGCCCGCGGCGGACGAAGGCUUCUGGGACUGCAGCGUGUGCACCUUCCGAAACAGCGCGGAAGCCUUCAAGUGCAGCAUCUGCGACGUGAGGAAGGGCACCUCCACCAGAAAACCUCGGAUCAAUUCUCAGCUGGUGGCCCAGCAAGUGGCUCAGCAGUACGCCACUCCUCCACCCCCUAAAAAGGAAAAGAAGGAGAAAGUUGAAAAGCAAGACAAAGAGAAACCUGAGAAGGAUAAGGAAAUUAGUCCUAGUGUUACCAAGAAAAAUACCAACAAGAAAACAAAACCAAAGUCUGACAUUCUGAAAGAUCCUCCUAGCGAAGCAAACAGUAUACAGUCUGCAAAUGCUACAACAAAGACCAGCGAAACGAAUCACACCUCAAGGCCCCGGCUGAAAAACGUGGACAGGAGCACCGCACAGCAGUUGGCAGUGACUGUGGGCAACGUCACCGUCAUUAUCACAGACUUUAAGGAAAAGACUCGCUCCUCCUCGACCUCCUCCUCCACGGCGACCUCCAGUGCGGGCUCGGAGCAGCAGAACCAGAGCGGCUCGGGCUCGGAGAGCACGGACAAGGGCUCCUCGCGCUCCUCCACGCCCAAGGGCGACAUGUCGGCAGCGAACGACGAAUCUUUCUGAAAUUGCACAUGGGAUUGCGAAAACUAUGAAUCAGGGUAUGAAAUUCAGAUCCUCCGCCUGCCCGUGCCGCCUGCAGCCCUGGAGAAUCUUCUGUGGACAUCGGCCCCUCAGCGACGCGCCAGGCUGGUUUCUGCUCGCCUGGGCGCCUGGCCACCAAGGAAUUUCGCACCCUGACGAUUACUCUUGACACUUUUAUGUAUUCCAUUGUUUUAUAUGAUUUUCCUAACAAUCAUUUAUAAUUGGAUGUGCUCCUGAAUCUACUUUUUAUAAAAAAAAAAAAAAAAUCUGCUGUGCACAAUUUUCCAUGUACAUUACAACUGGUUUUUUGUUUUUGUUUUGUUGGGGGGAGGGCCGGGAGGGGGAGGGAACUUUUAUUUAUUGUGUUCACAAACCCCAUCCUUUCAGCAUAUCCUUUUAAGUUUAGUUCUUUCUUCCAGUUAUACUAUGUACUAUCAGUUUUGAUAUAACUAUAUAUAUAUAAAUAUAAAAUUAUAUAUAAAGGGUUAUUUGAAACCAAUCCAUGGCAACGCUGGUGCUUGAUACACUGUGAAGUGAAUACAACAUUGAACAGUUACAGAUCUGGGACAGUCCCUUCUAUGAAAGUGCUGAAAUUAACUUAAAAUUAGUCUUACGUGAAGUGCGUUCCAACCGCCAUGGGAACUUGACUCUCAUCUGUCUAAAGAGUACUGGACGCUAUAAAAAUAUAUAUUUUUUACACAAUGUGAUCUCAAAUUUAAAGACUGCUCCAGAUAGCCUGCAUUUGCAAUGGAAUAACUGACAGAUCACAAGUGGUUUCGUUGGGGAGGGCUUUGAUCAUUCAGAAGUAACUAAACUAGCUCCAGAAUGCCAAGUAUUAGUGUAAAUUAUGGUUACAUGUUGACAUUGCCGUCUUCUCACGUGAGCGCUCACGAAAACGUGGUAUUCUGUCACUCGAAUUCCAUCCAUCUUCCAGACCCCUCUCUACUCGUGUCUUGAGGUAAAUGUAGAAAUCGCCUCUUAGUUUCAGGAUCCAAACAGCGUCCACUGUUGCUUUUGGUCCACGUGGGAAGCAAGCGCUUGUUUCGGCCGUCCGCGCGACAUCUCGGUGGCGGUUCUUGUAAUUGGAAUCUGUCUGGUCGGCGGACCCUCGCCUGCCGGUUCAGUUGUGAGAGUCCUCUCUCAGAACCUGCCACGAUUCACUUUACUGCACGGGAGUGGUCAGCCGCCCAUCCCGCCCGGACAUGGAGCUUUGCGGUGUUUGGAGCCAUCUCCCGGGUCCCUGCCGCGGGGGGACCCGCGUGGCCAGAGUCGCAGGGAGGGGCAGCUCACGCUGGCGGCCGGCACAGAUAGCCUGAGUAAACUGUUCUGUGCUUCUCACUGUUUUUACUGUCUUUACAAAAAAUAAAUCAAAGACCACUAAAAUGAUCCCACCCCUCCUCAUUUAAAAAAAAAAAAUCAUUCUUGUUUUGCUUUGCUUUUGUUUGGAUUUGGGGUCUGUCUGCUAUGUCACUUUUACAUUCAUACAGGCAGAGUUUGUAGUACUUGGAAGUCAUUUCAAGCACGAGAAUUUGACUUAGGGACUCACCGCAGGGCAGCCCAGCUUGUUUGUAAGCAAGCGCCGAAUUCUGGUGUUUAAAAACCUGGUUUGCUUAAUAGAAGUGAUUUUUGUCUCUGGAGGCAACAAGUAAAAAAAGAAAAAAAAACUAACAGCUUGAAUUGAGUAGCCAACAGGAAAGGUUCCUUUCACGUUUACAUUAAAACUAUUCUGUAGUCACUAGUGUUGCAUAAUUUAAAUUCUGUAGCAGUGCCAUUCGUUGCUGUGGUCCUGUCCUCAAAUGCACGGACGAUGUCCCCCUCUUUUUAAAAAAAACUCGUAUCUGGGAUGCAAGCUAUGCUUAUCUUUUUAAAUACAUUUGUAAAGUAUUUAUUAAUGAACCAAAGGAAAUCAGAUGCUUUCUGUAAGCAUCAGAAUAUAUAAUACAUAGUGAUUUGACUAUGAAUUUUAAAUCCACAUUUUAAUAUUAGUGGGAUAUUGCAAAGACAUUCCUUCUAAAAAGUUUUAAUAUUCCUUUUAUUAAGGGUCUCAGGGAGGGUAAAUUAGUCAGCCAUAUUUAUUUUCCAGAGGUGUAAGGAAUUGCUAAGUUUUUAAAUUAAACUUUUUAAGAAAAAAUUUAAAUAACCACCAAACUCAUGGGUUGCACUGCUUUUUAAAACCAGUAAGUGUUGGUAUGCACUUUGUUCAGAAACACUGUGUACUUUUUCCGAUAACUAGUUUCAUGUAAAGUGAUUGGACCCCCCUAGAUUAGUGGAAAAAGCUGAUUAACCAGCUACUCAUAGGCUGCUAAUUCAUUCAUUGCCAAUGUCUUGGUUUUUCAGUUUUGCCUCCGUGAUAAAUUAAAAGAAUGGGGAGGGGAGAGUUAAACUUCAGAACAUGUGGCAUGGAAUUGCCGUCUUGGCAGGAACUGCAGCUAACGGUGGGAGUUGUUCCAAUCAGGUGUCCCGGGGCCGGCCCUUCCGCUGCCGUUGUGUAUUCUGUUGGGAUAGGAAAGUGGUAGGUACCUUAGACUUCUAAUUUCUGAGAUUGAUGACGUCCCUCAGGCAUGUAUUCUGGAAAUGGAAUUCCUGUAACUUCCAGCAUUUGCCUACGAUUAGUAGGCAGCGCAUAAAAACACUAGUGUAGAUUACAAAGAUAUAUAUUAAAAGAGGACCAGAAAUACUUGGUAUUCAGUGGCACAGAAAGCAGGUCAAAACAAAACAAAACAAAAAAAAAAGCACAGUGUUAACGCUUGCAAGGUUCCAUUUGUUCUAAUACCACAGGGUCUCUCGCACAGAGCUCACCCGACUUGCUCUUCUGCUGAGUCAUUCAGUUAAAAAAAAAAAAACGAGAAAAGCAAAGACAUCUUGACACCCACAAAAUAGUUUAACCAAAACCUUUCAGUUUCAAUCUGGAUGUUUAAAAACAUUGGCGGAAGCUUCCGUGAGUUUAGUUCCACUAAGAUGUUUCACCUGCCUUAUCAAGACCAUUCUCAGUCUACUUUUUUAAGCUACAGUAUCUUAAAUUAUUGAAAAUUUAUUAAUUGCUGAGUAUAUAAUAACCUUUGCUUGUAUGUAACCGAAAAUGGUUUAAGAGCCAACAUUUAGAGUAUGGCAACGGAGCUGGACAGUUUUUAACGCGCAAGCAGUUCUGUUCUUGUGUGUGACUUGUAACCUUAAUUUACUGUGUAAAGGUGGUUACAUUACUUCCUUAGCCUUGUUCGUUGGAGACAAAUAGAGAAUGCUUGUUAAGUAUGUCAAAACAUAAUCUUAUCUUGUGGAUUUUUGUUAAUGUAUUAUACGAGCUAUAUUUUUCAUUUGCCCAGAAAGACAGCUUGUAUAACGCUUCUGAAGGUUUCUGCUCUGUAAGGUCUUAGAGCUGACAGUCUGUUAGGUUAUUAUUAUUAUUUUUUUUUUUUUUCUUCAUGCUAAAGUGUCAGUUGGUGGUUUUGUGAACUGGUCAGAAAUUCACAGGUCUUAAAUGUUUUGGGGAAAUUUAUAUUGGACACUGCUCUUUGUCUAGCAAAUAAAAGAUGUUAAUAUAUUCCUGUUACUGGCAUGUGCACGACUAUGUUAUUAGAAGCCACUUUAUCAUUUUCCUGCUUUAAAUAGAAAUGUCUAUUUAUGAAUUCUGCUUGUAGUUUUUUCACAAAUAAAAUAGUAAAAUUUACA